AUAUGGAGGAUGCAAAAACAGCGCAAGCUCGGGCCGAGCUCGAAGCAUUAGCCUGCCAACCUGCCGUUACCCCGGAGGAACGUUUUCGUGUGUUAGAUGCUUUGGAUCGGUUUCUGCGACAAACGACGGAGCGUACAACUGAUAUUCGCAAAGCGCGUAGCAUCAUAGGAACGUGCCCGGACAUGUGUCCGGAAAAAGAGCGUUAUUUGCGCGAGUGGAAAAUUAUGGUUCCGUCGUACGAAAGGCAGCCGGGCAGCAACCAUAUCGACCACCAGAAGGCGAUCAAGCAGUAUUCGCGCAGCUCGGCCGAUCAGGUAUUGCCACUCCCGCACGAACUACGUACCGAGCAGGCUCUGGGAGGUACCAUGUACUUUCUCUGGUCGCAGCACGCCGAUCGCAUAAACGCCGACCAAGGCGGUGGGGCUAACGUGAGCGAUUGGUACCACUACAUCUGGGAUCGGACGCGCAGCAUCCGGAAGGAUAUCACGCAGCAGGAACUUUGCUCGCCAACGGUGGUUGAGUUUGUGCAACAGUGCGCUCGGUUUCACAUUCACUGCGCGGCCCGCUACGUGACCGAAGACCCGUCGGUGUUCGAUCAGAAGAUUAAUACGGAAAAUUUGACCAAGUGUCUGCAGACACUGAAGUACCUCUACUCGGACCUGCGCCAGCAGCAAAUCCAGUGCCCGGACGAGCCGGAGUUUCGCGCCUACAUGAUGCUGCUCUACCUGAACGAGGGCAACUUCCAGUCCGAGCUGCGGGAGCUUUCGGCGACGAUCAUUCACUCCGAGCCGGUGCAGUUCGCGCUCUCGGUGCAUCUAACACUCGUGCAGAACAACUACGUGCGCUUCUUCGCCAUGGUGCGCAACACGAGCUACAUGAACGCCUGCAUUCUACUGCGCUACUUCACGCAGGUACGCCAGACGGCACUGGACGUGAUACGAAAGUCGUACGCGUCUCGCUCGACGGCGAACUUUCCACUGGCCUACCUCGCGGGCUUGCUCGGCUUUGACCAGGCAGCUGACGCGCUGGAAUUUUUCUCGCACUACGGCGUGACGGUGGACCAAACGGGGGAGCAGCCGGUGGUGCAGUUUGAGGCGAAGCAGCAGGCACUUUCCCCAGACGUCCCACAUUCAAGCGGACGGUCGCAGAUGGUGGAACGGAAACUAACCGGUACGGUUGGUGAGGCGAUCUGCGGCAAGUCACUCGAGACUUGGGGCACCCAGUUUCCACCGGCACCGUGCGUGUCCAGUUUUGACCAGUUUGGGCUGCUCCGGCAGGAGUUGCUGCAAAAGGUUCUACAUCCAGGCACGCUGGACCCGGAAGGAGCGAUGCCUUGGGUAGCGAUUCUUCCUCCCGAGGAGGAUACCAUGAAUGAGAUCGAUCUCGGAUCCGAAGACAUCUUCGUUUUCAAUGAAGAGGAGGAAGUUAAGCUUGACGACGAUAAACCACUGCCUAGAGUACGUACGGGUGUAGAGUUCGAUGAUACGUUGACUAUGAGCUCCUCAGUGCUUCUUAUUGGCGACGAAGAGCCGGUUGAUCGUAGUGAUGCGGAAAAACAAACGGCGGCUGGAGCAGGUACGGUUACGGACAGUGCAACCACAAUGACUUACCAUAUACCUCCGGUACCGGAUAUGGUUGUAUCUGCAGGUCGCAAACGUACGCACUUUGGUGCUAUUAAGUUUCCUUCGGCAGAUACAUUGGCGGUAUCGCCGGGACCGUCAGAAAUUGUUAAUAAUUCCGUUAAUAAUUCCGAUGAUGCUCGGGUGGUGCCGUUAUCAGAGCCGCCGGCCAAACAAGUCGAACUGUUCGACUCAACCUUUUUCACCCCCCGGCCAGUACAUGAGGUGCAAGGACAAUGUACAACGAAUGAGGAUCCGGAGGGCAUCGAUUACGAUGAGCAUUUAUUCGAGCUGGUCUCUGAAGCGGAUGUAGAUAUGGAGUCGAUUGUGAAUGUUGAGCCCUUGGCUCAAGGCAGCAUCUGUCAAGGGCAGUAUGAACUGCAUCCGACGGCGGAGCAGAAUCACAUGGAACAGGAAGAAACAGCUGUAGAACACACUGAGGCAAACUCAUCGGAGAUAUUCCAUCAGAGCAUCGGCGGCCCGUUGUCACCGGUAGAAAAAGGUUGCGAAGCCGUAGGAGAAGCAAAACGUUCGAAAGUCGAGUCCAUCAAAAGUGCAAGCGAGGCGGAAGAAGUAGAAGAAGAUGCAGAGGAGCUGCCCGUCGAAACGGACCCAAGACCUAGCGAAGAAGCGAAAGGCGAAGAAGCGGAUGAUCGCAGCGCAGAUUCAGAUAAAUCAUCGGGUGAGGUCGAGCUUGGCCGGAAGUUCUACGAAGAAGUUAAAGACAUGAAGGCAGAAAGUCACUGGAUUCGAACGUUAAAGCGAAAGUACUUUGCUAAGUGGUCUCGGGCAGCACGUAACGCCAGAAGCUGGCGCAGGAUGAUGAACACGGUGCCGUCAGUACAACCGCUUGCCAGCUUGGUUAAUUUCGAUCGACUGGAGCCGUUUUUCCGGUCCCUCGACACAAGCACGAAAAGUUUUGUCGCCGUUCUGAACGAACCGGCAGUGCGUAUCAAUCUACUGCCGUUCGAUGAGUUCCGUGCGAGCGACCUGAUCCGGCCAUUCGACAUACUGCGCACUGCUGUGCAGACCACGUUCGCCUGGGACCUGCCGAAGCUGAGAGACAUCGUGAAACCGAUCUACUGGCGGCUCGUAAUUUCCAUCCCGUCCGAGCACGACGACCCGCAGUUGGUCGGCUUUCCCAGCUUCGUCGAGCGCUGGCUGCGCGAAUGUACCGUCAAGCGGUUCAGUUGUCAGGAGCUGCCCGAUCAUAGCAAUUUCUUCCUGGAGGCUCGCGAGGAGCCAUUAUUUGACUGUUGGGCGCCCCACACCGCAAUCUGCAUGCGCCUGGUGCGGGGCACACGGGGGCUUAACGAGAAAGGUGCUGCUGACGCGCGGGUAUGCAGUCGUUACAAUGGGUUGCUCCUGUUCCUGAACGACCAGACACCGAUGUCGGUAGAGCGUGAGCGCCUGCGGGCGUUAAUAAGUUCCGACGGGCCACCACCGGCGGCCAUUGCUGUGAUGUAUUAUUCGCGCUCCAAGAAACUACCACUGGAUGCCGUCCAAGCGCAACUACUUGAUGGCGUCGACCUGAGGGACGGUUCCAUAUCCGUUCGGGUCUUCUAUUGGACCGACAUCGCGACAAACCGAACAAUCUGCGAAGCCCUUGCAUACCUCGCCGACUCCCACUGUCGACUGUUGAACCACCAACAUCCCGCCAAAAUGCUCCGUAUGCAACUGCUCGGUGAUCUGCUAGACGGCUGCCUGGGCCGUACGCUGUGGUUCCGCUGGAAUCAAGCAACCUGCGCCAUGAACGAGCGGCUGCCGAAGGAAUUUAGAUGCUUGCGACUGACGGCGAUCACACUCGACGCGAACGCGCUUGUCGAUCUGUAUAAUGCGUGCCUGAAAAGGGUCCUGGAGCAGAUAGGGAAUCCUUUCGUUAUGGAUCGCGCCUGCGUGCACAGUGACUUUGACGCCGUGCGCCUGCGGUGGCGGACGGCGAUGGACCCGGAGAUGUUUCGCCAGCCACUUUCAGAGGGAUACUUCGCACCGCAGUGGGACAUCUUUCCGGCGGAUCUGUUGUGCGAACUGGAGCAAAAGCUCAUGCUAUACCACCUCCCGCACCAGCUGCUGGCUGCGACGCAACGUGUUUACGGGAUGCUAGCGUACAACAAAGUGUAUGGCAACGUACCGCGCCCCCUCGACUUGGACGAGCUGCGGAGUUGCCUUCGGAACUACCUUCGCUGCUACAGCCAUCUGCUAGAUCCCGGUACGCUGUCGACGCUCGAGUGCAAUAUGCUGACCUCCCUGGUAAAUCAGCUGGCGGGUGGCAGUGUGGUGGAUGAAGCGCUGCUGGUGGUUGGACGCGGUCGGACAACGCGUAACGUCUUCUGGCCAACGGUGCUGCGCUUUCUCACCGAAACACUCCUCAAAACGCUCCUGCAAUGUGACCGACGGAUCUGGCGGGAGGUAUACUACAUACAUGGCUGGUUUACGAGCUUCACCAACGAAGAAUCAUUCUGGAAGGAUACGGAAGUGUUCAUCAAUUAUAAGCCCAACUCCGUGCCGGGCUUUCCGUCGCCAUAAACAGCAGGACCAAAACCCACUGGCACUCGGCAUUAUUAUUAGUUCAGCAUUUAUUAGUUAACUUAAACCAUUUCUCUAGGGUUCCGUUUUAACGACAGCGUAUCAUCGCCUUGAAAGCGUGCAUGUUGGAUUGUACAUACUAGCUUUAAAUAUCUUUUCAAUUUGGAAAAUACAACAUGAUCGCCGACGGAAGG